UUCUGAAGCUCUCAUUGUAAUGGCCUCUUCCCAAUUCUUCUUCAUCGCCAUUGUAGCAUUUCUUGUCCCUUCUAUUUUGGCCAAGGACUUCCUGGUUGAUUACCAUGGUUGGACUCUGGGAAAGGAGUUCCAUGGCGGUGAUCAACUAGUGUUUAGUUACAGACAGGGAGAUCACAAUGUCCUUAAAGUUAAUGGCACUGACUUCCAUCAAUGUGUGGCACCGGCUGGCAUCGAGCUCUUUACUAGUGGAAACGAUGUAAUCACUUUACCAACUCCAAGAGAAAAAUGGUACAUAUGUGGUGUUGACGAUCAUUGUAAGGCUGGAGACCAGAAACUUGUCAUAACAGUGCUGGCUCAAACAGUUUCUCCGACAGCUCCUCCCACUUCAAGAGAAAGAAAAAGCAUUGCACCCAAAUAUUAUAACUGGAUGAUGGCUAUUUUUGGCAUCCUUACGAUGGUUUGGUGUUAGAAUUCUUAGUCAAAUUCUUCUUCUUUUCCUCCUUGGUUUUGGAGGGUAUUGAAUUCAUUGUUUGCAUUAAUGUAUUGGAGCCAAAUUAGAUAUAUAAUUUGUAUUGAAACCAAGAUAUCAAUAAUG